ACUAGAUAUAAACCUGCGCUCCGAAAGUCAUGUUACGAACAACUCACAAGAGAAACUAAGAAACAAUCAUGUAUUCACGAUCAAACAGCCUGACACUGACAAUGUCGAAAAAUCAUUUAAACCAAGAGCAAUUUCCUAACAGAACGAUGCUCCGGAGCAGAGAGCCCGAAAUUUUCACUUUCGAGCGGAUUCCGGACCAGACCCAACAUACCAGCUCGUCUCUCCGGCCGCGGAAGAGGAACAUGAGGGUGAUGUACCCUGCCAAGGUCCGCAAGUACCUUCCCCCAGCGGAGAAGAGCCCAGCCAAGCGAUGGCUGCUGGCUCUGUGUCUGGUGGUGUUCCUGCAGAUCUACACCGAGGAGCCGUGUGCGGAAACAGCGGUCGCAAACGAAAGCCCAGCUGCCGAGGUCGCAUUUGAAGAGGUGCCUUUUACGCAGUACCAGGUGCUGGCUUUCCAGUCAGCGGAGGAGCAGAUUCGGCAACUGAAAGCCGGUGCCGACGAUUUCCACAAGUCGUCCCUGAACUGUAAACAUGAGAGGGAAAGCCAGUCUGAAGAUCUCCUGGUGAACACUACCUGUCCCUCGCAGGAGGCCGUGAUAAGCCUCAAGCACGACCAGAGCACCAGGAAUGGCUACGUCGUUGCCCUCCUCUACCCGGCGGUGUACCACAGACUGGGCAGCGAGCAGUGAAGGAAACCAGAGCAACAAGGCCCAACUAUGUGGGCCUAAAAACUAUUAUGUCUCUGGUUGAGAAGGAGAGAGCGAGCUCUUCCGGGCGCUGCCGCAGAGACCAAGAAGCUCGCCCUAUGGGUGACUGUCUUUCAAGGAGAAGACUCGUCCUCCUGGGCUACUUGAAGGACUGACUGGCAGAUGAUACUUGCCAUGAACUUAAACUUGAAUAGAUGAAACAAACACGGAGCUGAAGACUUGACAUUGGACUGGAAAACCUUUGAACAAACACUACUUGUUAAAACAUAGGUUUACUACUUGAUAUUGAUACACAUGUUUAGUUUGUCAAAUGAAGAAUAUCAUAUUUAGUUAUUUAUUUUAUUUGCUAUUUAUUUAUUGUGUUCUAAAACUGUUAUUUUAUUAAAUAAAUAUAUGUAAAAGAAUUCCUGUUGUUUG